GUAGGAAAAAAAAAAAAAAAAAAAGCGCUGAAAUUAAGUCAUUAAAAAAAUGGCUUAAUAUUCUACGGAGUAUUUCAGUAUUUCCUCCUAUCUUUUCCCCUUUAAGAUCUACUCGUAUUUUACAUUUGCACUGGUUCGCUACGCCCCUAUCUCCUCCUUCGAAGGUACUCUGAUCCUCCAUUGAAGCGACUUGGGAUCUUUCUCUCAUACGUUGAAGUAGCAGAAAGCAGUUCUAUUGACCCAAGCCUUCAGUAAGAAAAUGGUUAGUGGGACCAUAUUUCAUUGUAAGAAAAAUUCAUGGCCUCGAGAAGAGUAUGUCAGCAGAAUUACUUUGCAGCUGCUGGAUUAUGACAGUGCUGCUCCACCUGAGCAAGCUUGGAGGAGGAGGUUAAACAGCCAUGCUAACAUUCUUAAAGAAUUUAGUAUUACAUUUAUGGAAGCAAUUAAGAUGGUUGGUCUUGGCUUUCGUUUGUGGUCAUAUGUAAGGGAAGAAGCAUCACAUGGAAGGAAAGCUCCUAUCGACCCUUUUAAUAAAGAAAGCACGAAGCCUUCAGCAUCUCAAGGAGUACCGCUGGGAGGAAUGGGAAGUGGCAGCAUUUCUAGAGGUUUUAGGGGAGAAUUUAGGCAGUGGCAAAUUAUCCCUGGUUUAUGUGAGGGUUCCCCUGUCAUGGCCAAUCAAUUUUCUAUUUUUAUAUCUCGUGAUGGAGGAAAUAGAAGAUUUGCAUCAGUUUUGGCCCCAGGGCAGCCUGAAGGUUUAGGCAAAUCUGGUGACCAUGGUAUAUCUUCUUGGGGUUGGAAUUUGAGUGGCCAGCAUUCAUCUUAUCAUGCUCUGUUUCCAAGGGCAUGGACAAUAUAUGAUGGUGAACCUGAUCCUGAACUGAAGAUAUCUUGCCGUCAAAUAUCUCCCUUUAUACCUCAUAACUAUAAGGAUAGCAGUCUGCCUUCUGCUGUCUUUGUUUAUACAUUGGUAAACAAUGGGAAGGAAAGGGCUAAAGUCAGCCUUCUUUUCACCUGGGCUAACUCUGCUGGAGGAGUCUCCCAUCUAUCUGGAGAGCAUGUGAAUGAACCAUUCAUAGGUGAAGACAACGUUUCUGGUGUUCUCCUGCAUCACAAGACUGCAAAGGACAACCCACCGGUCACUUUUGCUAUAGCUGCUUGUGAAACACAGAAUGUAAAUGUGACUGUCCUCCCAUGCUUUGGUUUAGCGGAGGUAAAUUGUGUUACAGCAAAGGACAUGUGGUCAAAAAUGACACAGGAUGGGCAAUUUGAUCGAGAGAAUUUUAAUGCUGGACCGAGCAUGCCAUCCAUGCCUGGAGAAACUCUUUGUGCUGCAGUUUCAGCUUCUACGUGGGUGGAGCCUCAUGGAAAGUGUACUGUUGCGUUUGCUGUUGCAUGGUCUUCCCCUAAAGUGAAAUUUUUGAAAGGAAGUUCUUAUUACAGGCGGUAUACAAAAUACUAUGGUACAUCUCCACGAGCGGCUGAGGAAUUGGUUCAUUAUUCACUGACCAACUAUAAGAGAUGGGAGGAGGAAAUUGAGAAAUGGCAAGACCCAGUGCUGAAGGAUGAUAGAUUACCAGAAUGGUACAAAUUUACGCUGUUCAAUGAAUUAUACUUUCUUGUAGCAGGCGGGACUGUUUGGAUAGACUCUAUGGAGCCAGUUGGAAGUUCAUUAAAUGACAAACAGCAGCCAACAAAAGAUGAGAGCACAAAGACUACUUUGACAGAAAAGAUAGACACUGAAGGUUUGGUAAUGGAGCUUAGAAAUGGAGCAAAUCUUGAUAAAGCUGAUGAUGGAUUAAGGGACCAUGGAAAAGGACAUGUCUUAGAAGAAGAGACAGUAUUACCCUUGAAAAAAGCAAAACAAUCAUGUUCUUUGACUGAAACCCAGGAUGAGUGUGAUGAUGUGGGUAGAUUUCUUUAUUUGGAGGGGGUGGAGUACAUAAUGUGGUGCACAUAUGAUGUACACUUCUAUGCAUCGUUUGCUCUUCUUGAUUUGUUUCCCAAAAUCGAACUUAGUAUUCAACGUGAAUUUGCCAAAGCUGUCUUAUCCGAGGAUGGUAGAAAAGUAAGAUUCCUUGCAGAAGGUAACUGGGGAAUUCGCAAGGUAAGAGGAGCUGUCCCUCAUGAUCUAGGAACACAUGACCCGUGGAAAGAGAUGAACGCUUAUAAUAUACACGAUACAAGCAAAUGGAAAGAUUUGAACCCUAAAUUUGUACUUCAGGUCUAUCGAGAUUUUGCGGCGACAGGAGACAUGACAUUUGGAAUUGAUGUUUGGCCUUCUGUUCGUGCUGCCAUGGACUAUAUGGACCAAUUUGACUUGGAUGGUGAUGGUCUUAUAGAGAAUGAUGGAUUCCCAGAUCAGACAUAUGACACUUGGACAGUUCAUGGUGUCAGUGCUUAUUGUGGCUGUUUGUGGCUUGCAGCACUUCAAGCUGCAGCAGCUAUGGCUUUCCAAUUAGGAGACGAGGAAUUUGGUGAAAAAUGCAAGAGAAAAUUUAUAAUGGCUAAACAUGCAUUUGAAGCUAAGCUGUGGAAUGGCUCUUAUUUCAAUUAUGACUCUGGAUCAAGCAGUAACAGCAAAUCUAUUCAAGCAGAUCAAUUAGCUGGACAAUGGUAUACAGCUUCGUCUGGGUUGCCUAAUCUCUUUGAUGACCUCAAAAUCAAGAGCACCUUGCAGAAAAUCUUUGAUUACAAUGUCAUGAAAGUUAAAGGAGGUCGGAUGGGUGCUGUGAAUGGGAUACAGCCCAAUGGAAAGGUGGACGAGACCUGCAUGCAGUCACGUGAAAUUUGGACUGGAGUUACUUAUGCCGUGGCUUCUACAAUGAUUCUCGCAGGAAUGGAGGAGAAGGGCUUUUCCACUGCAGAAGGGAUUUUUAUUGCUGGCUGGUCUGAAAAUGGAUUUGGAUAUUGGUUUCAAACUCCAGAGGCGUGGACACUAGAUGGCCAUUUCCGAUCUCUGAUAUACAUGAGGCCGUUGGCAAUUUGGGGUAUGCAAUGGGCAUUAUCCAUGCCUAGAGCAGUUCUUGAACCGCCUGAGAUAAGCAUAAUGGACAGGAUUGAUAUGUCUACUUUGACUUCAAGAUCCACUCGUACUGAGGCAGAUGGAAGAAAGGCUUCAAGUAAACAGAAGGGUUUUUGGAACUCAAUGUUUAGUUGUACAUGUUAAAUAUCCGUGUAUAUUGGCAUUUCUUGAAGAAUGUUAGGUUCUAUGUUAUCUUCAGUCUACUUUACAUCCAUCAGUUCUGUUGAUCAUACUUGUCUCUACCAGAUUUGGUUAUUUCAAAAUCGUAGGGGUAAUAAGCGGAGCAAGAUUUUUCAAAGCGAAGAAUACAGUAGAAUCACUCCUCAUCAUACAGUAUAAAGGGCAAAGUUAACAAAAUGCAGCUGCAGGAAUUUUUCAAUGUAAAAACUGUUAUGUUCCUUUUCUUGUUGUAAGCUGGUUGUUUGCCAGAAUAUGAGCUAUCAAUGUACAGUAUAAGCAACAUCAUUGAUUGGUUUAUAUAUAUAUAUAAAAUUUAUUAUCUUGUUGGGGAUGAUUUUCUA